AUGGCAGCAAGCGUUCCGGCCAAAGCAAAAGAUAAUCAUUCAAUUCCCCACUUCGCGCAGGUGUUAGACCAGGCAGGCGUCACCGACGACGUCCUUCAGUGGCAGUAUGACGGGUCAGGGACAGACAGCGAGCCGUACCUUGUGACUUGGAUCGACCAUGACCCUCGAGAUCCCAUGGGCUACACCGCUGUCCAGCGUUGGACGUUGACCUUGAUCAAUGCGGGUGCCUCGUUGGCCGUCUCAUUCGUGAGCUCGGCCUACACCGGUGGAGCGAAGGAGAUCCAGCAAGAGCUGGGCAUGGGAGAAGAGGUGUUCACACUGGGUGUGAGUCUAUGUGUUCUGGGCUUCGCGCUGGGCCCGUUGCUAUGGGCACCCUUGUCCGAAAUCUACGGCCGUCAAAUCCUCUUCACGACGACAUACGCAGGCUUGACGGCUUUCAACGCUGGUGGCGCGGGGGCAAAGAACGUCGCCACACUCCUCAUCCUCCGAUUCCUCGCUGGGGCCUUUGGGUCAAGCUCCUUGACCAACUCAGGAGGCGUAAUUGCCGACAUGUUCCCAGCAAAGCAACGUGGUUUCGCUAUUGCUGUCUUCUCUGCUGCUCCCGCUCUUGGGCCCAUCUUCGGCCCCAUAGUAGGAGGAUUCGUUGGGGAGUCGAUCGGUUGGCGUUGGAUACAAGGCAUAAUGGCCAUUUUCACUGGAGCUUUGUGGAUCAUUGGAUCUGUCUGUUGCCCAGAGACGUAUGCGCCAGCUCUGCUUCGGCAGCGAGCCAAGAAGCUUUCGAAGAUAACUGGUCGUGUCUAUCGAAGCGAGGUUGAUGUGCAGCAAGGCAAUACGUUCGAGGAAACGUUCAAGAUCGCACUGUCGAGACCUCUCACACUCCUCCUGCUCGAACCAAUCGUGCUGUUACUCAGCACAUAUCACGCGGUCAUCUAUGGGACGCUUUAUCUCUGCUUCGGUGCCUUCCCAAUUGUCUAUCAGGAAGGGCGAGGCUGGUCGCCCGGCGUUGGGGGUCUUGCAUUCCUUGGGGUGGCGGUGGGGACCAUCCUCGCCGUCUUGACGGCUGUCUGGGAGGAUCGUCGAUAUGCUCGAGUCUCUGACCGACAUGACGGUUUUGCGCCGCCCGAGACUCGCCUGCCGGUAUGCAUGGUCGGCGCAGUAGCCAUUCCAAUCGGACUGUUCUGGUUUGCCUGGACGAACUACCCAUCCAUCAACUUCAUGGUCUCCAUCAUCGCAGGAGCACCCUUUGGCUACGGGCUCUCCCUCUUCCCCCCCCCCCCCCCCACACCUAAAAUGUCCGUAUGUUACAUUUGGCUCGGCAUCAUGAACUACCUUGUCGACUCCUACACCAUAUACGCCGCUUCAGCACUUGCUGCCAAUACGGUCAUGCGAUCAACAUUAGGCGCAGUGUUCCCACUCUUUACAAGCCAGAUGUACGCUGCUCUGGGUAUCCAUUGGGCAUCAUCCAUUCCGGCAUUUCUGUCAUUAGCUUGCGUUCCAUUGCCAUUCUUAUUCUACCGAUACGGUCCCGCCAUCCGUGCAAGAUGCAAGUAUGCGGCAGAGUCCAAUGACUUCCUUGAAGAAGUGCAGAACAAGGCUUCGAACGAUGUGGUCACUGAAUGUCAAUACGUAGCUAUUGUUGAAUUGGCCAAAAAGGUUUCGCUCAUUGCUAGUGAGAUCGAGGAACUGGAGCGUCUGCACCUUGGGAGGAAUUGCCAUUACAAGUUGCAACGCUCGGAUUGUGGUGAGUCCAUGAGGCGUUGA